UCUAAAUGUAGAAAUGAAGGGGAGAAAUAUAUUUAAAUUGAGUGGCAACUCAUUUUAUUGUUCUUUACACCGCAUUUCCAGAUGCACCCUAAUUGUAACUGACAUUUAUUUCAGGGAAAAGAGGGGACAAGAUGAAGGUGGUCCCUGUCCUGGUCCUCCUCUCUCUGAUAGGGAUUUUCAAGGACGUUCAAACACAAACAACAGUAACUUCCUCAGGUCCAACUCAAACAUCUGUUUCUGUAUCCGCCACAACACCAGUUCCAUCGACACAAGAUUUAACAUCAACAUCAGCAAAUCUAGAAACAAACGGCACAGCACUCACAUCCACAAAUGGAGUGUUCAAGCAAUCAUCAACUCAAGCUGCCACAACAAUGAUGGAAAAUGCAACUUCAGCCCCAGCAUCACAGCCCAACACAACAGCUGCAACAAUGAUACCAACAGCAGGAGUGUUCAAGCAAUCAUCAACUCAAGCUGCCACAACAAUGAUGGAAAAUGCAACUUCAGCCCCAGCAUCACAGCCCAACACAACAGCUGCAACAAUGAUACCAACAGCAGGAGUGUUCAAGCAAUCAUCAACUCAAGCUGCCACAACAAUGAUGGAAAAUGCAACUUCAGCCCCAGCAUCACAGCCCAACACAACAGCUGCAACAAUGACACCAACAGCAGCUCCCCAAACAACUACGGCUCCACAGCCUGCUCCAGUCACAGCAGCAUCUAUCCCCGAGCCAGAAGUCAAACUGGAAUUCAAACUGGAGCAGUCGUUCACACCACAACUGCAGAACACCUCUUCACCAGCAUUUCAAAGCUUGGCUGAUAAAGUGUCUACAGCGCUGGAUAAAGUGUACACUGAAAAGUUUGGAUCUAGUUUCAACCGUACAGAAAUCAAAGGCUUCAGACAAGGAUCGGUCAUUGUGGAAUCUGUACUGAUUUUCAAUGAUGUCAGCUCUGUUCCUGAAACUGGAAAUGUGACUGACACUCUGGUACAAGCCGUUUCCUCCAACAGUUCAGACUUUGCAGAUCUUGGCGUCAAUCCGACCAGUAUCAAAGCAGAACGAGUGUUCAAGCAAUUGCCAACUCAAGCUCCCACAACAAUAAUGGAAAAUGCUACUUCGGCCCCAGCAUCACAGCCCAACACAACAGCUGCAACAAUGAUACCAACAGCAGGAGUGUUCAAGCAAUCAUCAACUCAAGCUGCCACAACAAUGAUGGAAAAUGCAACUUCAGCCCCAGCAUCACAGCCCAACACAACAGCUGCAACAAUGACACCAACAGCAGCUCCCCAAACAACUGCGGCUCCACAGCCUGCUCCAGUCACAGCAGCAUCUAUCCCCGAGCCAGAAGUCAAACUGGAAUUCAAACUGGAGCAGACGUUCACACCACAACUGCAGAACACCUCUUCAACAGCAUUUAAAAGCUUGGCUACUAAACUGUCUUCAGCGCUGGAUAAAGUUUAUUCUGUGCAGUUUGGAUCCCGUUUCAAUCGCACAGAAAUCAAAGGCUUCAGACAAGGAUCGGUCAUUGUGGAAUCUGUACUGAUUUUCAAUGAUGUAAACUCUGUUCCUGAAACUGAGAAUGUGACUGACACUCUGGUACAAGCCGUUUCCUCCAACAGUUCAGACUUUGCAGAUCUUGGCAUCAAUUCUACCAGUAUAAAAGCUGAACGAGUAUUCAGAUCAUUACAAACACAAGCCCCCACAACAAUGAUCAAAGAUACAACUCCGACCCCAACAUCAGACCCCAAUACAACAACAGCUGCAACAAGUCUGACACCAAACAGCAGUGCUCCCCAAACAACUGCGGCUCCACAGCCUGCUCCAGUCACAGCAGCAUCUAUCCCCGAGCCAGAAGUCAAACUGGAAUUCAAACUGGAGCAGACGUUCACACCACAACUGCAGAACACCUCUUCAACAGCAUUUAAAAGCUUGGCUACUAAACUGUCUUCAGCGCUGGAUAAAGUUUAUUCUGUGCAGUUUGGAUCCCGUUUCAAUCGCACAGAAAUCAAAGGCUUCAGACAAGGAUCGGUCAUUGUGGAUUCUUUACUUAUUUUCAAUGAUGUAAACUCUGUUCCUGAAACUGAGAAUGUGACUGAAAUUCUGGUUCAAGCAGUUUCUACCAACAGUUCAGAUUUUGCUGAACUUGGCAUCAAUUCUACCAGUAUAAAAGCUGAACGAGUAUUCAGAUCAUUACAAACACAAGCCCCCACAACAAUGAUCAAAGAUACAACUCCGACCCCAACAUCAGACCCCAAUACAACAACAGCUGCAACAAGUCUGACACCAAACAGCAGUGCUCCUCAAACAACUCUGGCUCCACAGCCUGCUCCAGUCACAGCAGCAUCUAUCCCCGAGCCAGAAGUCAAACUGGAAUUCAAACUGGAGCAGACGUUCACACCACAACUUCAGAACACCUCUUCAACAGCAUUUAAAAGCUUGGCUACUAAACUGUCUUCAGCGCUGGAUAAAGUUUAUUCUGUGCAGUUUGGAUCCCGUUUCAAUCGCACAGAAAUCAAAGGCUUCAGACAAGGAUCGGUCAUUGUGGAUUCUUUACUUAUUUUCAAUGAUGUAAACUCUGUUCCUGAAACUGAGAAUGUGACUGAAAUUCUGGUUCAAGCAGUUUCUACCAACAGUUCAGAUUUUGCUGAACUUGGCAUCAAUUCUACCAGUAUAAAAGCUGAACGAGUAUUCAGAUCAUUACAAACACAAGCCCCCACAACAAUGAUCAAAGAUACAACUCCGACCCCAACAUCAGACCCCAAUACAACAACAGCUGCAACAAGUCUGACACCAAACAGCAGUGCUCCCCAAACAACUGCGGCUCCACAGCCUGCUCCAGUCACAGCAGCAUCUAUCCCCGAGCCAGAAGUCAAACUGGAAUUCAAACUGGAGCAGACGUUCACACCACAACUGCAGAACACCUCUUCAACAGCAUUUAAAAGCUUGGCUACUAAACUGUCUUCAGCGCUGGAUAAAGUUUAUUCUGUGCAGUUUGGAUCCCGUUUCAAUCGCACAGAAAUCAAAGGCUUCAGACAAGGAUCGGUCAUUGUGGAUUCUUUACUUAUUUUCAAUGAUGUAAACUCUGUUCCUGAAACUGAGAAUGUGACUGAAAUUCUGGUUCAAGCUGUUUCUACCAACAGUUCAGAUUUUGCUGAACUUCGCAUCAAUUCUACCAGUAUAAAAGCUGAACGAGUAUUCAGAUCAUUACAAACACAAGCCCCCACAACAAUGAUCAAAGAUACAACUCCGACCCCAACAUCAGACCCCAAUACAACAACAGCUGCAACAAGUCUGACACCAAACAGCAGUGAACCAACAUCAACACAGCCUUCUCCAGUCACAGCAGCACCUGUGCCUGAUCAACAGAUUAAAUUGGAAUUCAGGCUCCAACAGACCUUCACACCAAACCUGGCGAACCCCGCCUCGACAGAAUUUAAGAGCUUAGCUACAAAAGUUUCAACCGUGUUGGACAGAAUCUACUCUGAUAAGUUUGGCUCCCGAUUCGUACGCACACAAAUCAAUGGCUUCAGACAAGGAUCAGUUGUUGUCGAUUCUGUCCUGAUAUUCAAUGACACAAACAAUGUUCCGGACACUGCAAACGUGACCUCCACGCUGGAAGAAGCCAUUGCUACCAACGGUUCAGAUGUUGCUGGACUUGCCAUCAAUGGCAGCAGUAUAGUUGCUGAACGUGUUGUGUCUGUAACCACACAGUCACCAGCAUCCCCAGCUCAGACCUCCAUGGCAUCAACGCUGACAGUGACAGAACCAACAUCAACACAGCCUUCUCCAGUCACAGCAGCACCUGUGCCUGAUCAACAGAUUAAAUUGGAAUUCAGGCUCCAACAGACCUUCACACCAAACCUGGCGAACCCCGCCUCGACAGAAUUUAAGAGCUUAGCUACAAAAGUUUCAACAGUGUUGAACAGAAUCUACUCUGAUAAGUUUGGCCCCCGAUUCGUACGCACACAAAUCAAUGGCUUCAGACAAGGAUCAGUUGUUGUGGAUUCUGUCCUGAUAUUCAAUGACACAAACAAUGUUCCGGACACUGCAAACGUGACCUCCACGCUGGAAGAAGCAAUUGCUACCAACAGUUCAGAUGUUGCUGAACUUGCCAUCAAUGGCAGCAGUAUAGUUGCUGAACGUGUGGUGUCUGUAACCACACAGUCACCAGCAUCCCCAGCUCAGACCUCCAUGGCAUCAACGCUGACAGUGACAGAACCAACAUCAACACAGCCUUCUCCAGUCACAGCAGCACCUGUGCCUGAUCAACAGAUUAAAUUGGAAUUCAGGCUCCAACAGACCUUCACACCAAACCUGGCGAACCCCGCCUCGACAGAAUUUAAGAGCUUAGCUACAAAAGUUUCAAAAGUGUUGGACAGAAUCUACUCUGAUAAGUUUGGCUCCCGAUUCGUACGCACACAAAUCAAUGGCUUCAGACAAGGAUCAGUUGUUGUCGAUUCUGUCCUGAUAUUCAAUGACACAAACAAUGUUCCGGACACUGCAAACGUGACCUCCACGCUGGAAGAAGCCAUUGCUACCAACGGUUCAGAUGUUGCUGGACUUGCCAUCAAUGGCAGCAGUAUAGUUGCUGAACGUGUUGUGUCUGUAACCACACAGUCACCAGCAUCCCCAGCUCAGACCUCCAUGGCAUCAACGCUGACAGUGACAGAACCAACAUCAACACAGCCUUCUCCAGUCACAGCAGCACCUGUGCCUGAUCAACAGAUUAAAUUGGAAUUCAGGCUCCAACAGACCUUCACACCAAACCUGGCGAACCCCGCCUCGACAGAAUUUAAGAGCUUAGCUACAAAAGUUUCAACAGUGUUGAACAGAAUCUACUCUGAUAAGUUUGGCCCCCGAUUCGUACGCACACAAAUCAAUGGCUUCAGACAAGGAUCAGUUGUUGUGGAUUCUGUCCUGAUAUUCAAUGACACAAACAAUGUUCCGGACACUGCAAACGUGACCUCCACAUGUUGCUGA